CCAACGCCUGGCUGCUGCCCGGCGCCACCUACGCCGAGAUAGUGAAGGGCCAGAGCUCGCGCUCCAGCUCGCUGCACUCGCGCCAGCCCAGCGCGCAUAGCACGCACAGAAUGCGAAGCCCCGAGCCGGAGCCCCAGACGCCCCCCGGCAGCGCGAGCCCUGACACAUAUCAAAGUGACAGUGUAGUGAGACAGUUCUCACCGGUCCCCAGUGACGGAAUGGAUUACAGUGAAACCGUACAGUGUCAUGUCAGUGAAAGUGUUAUGUAUUCUGGUGAUAACGAUCGCUAUGAGACUGUAUUGGAGACACAGGAUUAUAUUGAAACACCUAAAAUAGAAAACGUGGCCGUUGAACCCCAACAUUAUCAACAAGAUACUCAAAUAGAGUCGAAAGAGACGGUAUCUUCAAAAACACCUACGAACAUGGAAUUAGAACCGCCGGUGGAUCGCGCUCGUUCGAUUAGCCCCGGAGGCAAAUAUAGAUCUCAAGAUCUAUCUUAUGCGGAAAUAUUGGCUCUUGGUCUAAGAAAGCAGGCUACUACGCAGUCUAUUACGUCUAUGCCAAAACCUCAGACUGCACAGGUGGAAAUGGUAAAAGAAAUUAUCGUAGAGGUUGAAAAGUCUCCCCAAGCGCCUGUGGAAUAUAAGGUCCCGUCCAGAGAAUCCUCAAAGUAUAGAUCGGAAAGACGUGAAAGACCUUCACAGCGUAGUCGGUCAAGAGAUAUGCCUCGUCAACGAAGAGCACCAGAAAAAAGACCAACUAAAUCACAUGAUGUACAAACCCUUAAGAAAAAGAAAACGUCUAGAAAAGUUAUUGAAGUACAAGAAUUUGAAGAGACGCCUGAAACUGUUAAUCCAGAACCAAUCGUUUCAGAAAGAAUACCACAUAUUCAACACAAAAUUAUCGAAAAUGUUAAAAGUGAACACAUAAAAAAAUCAGAUAUAAGUACCAAUAUUUCAGAGACCAACAAAAGCGAUAUCGAGGAUAAAGACUCCGAAAUUGCCUUGGAACCUACUCAUAAAAAACAUAAAAAGAAACAAAAACCUAAAAAGUUCAAAGACAGUGAAGAUGAAAUUGAAAAGGCAUUAAAAGAAAUAGAAAUUUCUUCCAAACAGAAAAAGAAGAAAAUUAAAAAUAUUAAUGAACAUCCAAAAGACACUGUUGAUAUUACCGUUACAAACUUAGAUCAACCAGAAAAGAAAAAAGCAUCGAAGCAGAUAAAAUCUGAGGUGACUAAAGAAGAAAAUGUUAUUAUUGAAAAAGAAAUUUUCAAUUCUCAAACAAGACUAGAUGGUAAAUGUGAGAAAAUAAGCGAAGCAAUCAUUUCUCAAACCCUUAUAGAAUCCGAAAGUAAGAAAUGUGAUGAAAGUUCAACUGAGAAUAAAGUCGAUUCAACAAAACCGCUUGAAACUGAAGAGUUGAAAACCAAAAAGAAGAAGAAAUCCAAGAAAAUCAAAUCUACUGUUGAUACUCGACCUGAUAAUAUUUUAGAAAUGGAAGCCUCUGCGAUACAAAACUAUAUAAAAGAUGAAUCAUCACAGAUAGACAAAUCUGGUAAUAAAUCAGAUGAAAAGUUACUUGAUAAAGAACCAAAAGUUAUUUUAAAAGAAGCUGUUAAAGAAAGUCUCAUUACUAUGGAUUGGAACGCACUAAUGGAAGAGGAAGAAAACAUACCUGAGUCAUCAUUGAGUCUUGAUGCUGAAAAAAUAAAUUCUCUAAAAGAAAUACCUGAACAAGUAGCAACAGAAAUAGAUAUACUUCCAGAAAAAGAGAGUCAAGCUCAAGACACAAAUAUAGAUGGUAAGGAAAUUAUUCUAGAACUUUACGAAUCGUCCAUUUUACCUGAAGCAGAUGCUACACUCAAAAUAUCAGAAGAACAAGAUUUCCAUCAUGUAACUAUUCAAGAUAAGAAAUCUAACAAAAGUAUAGAGGCAUUUGUGGAUUCAGAUUCUUUAUUGGAAAUCAACUCUGUUGAAAAGAAACCGCUAUUGAUAGGCGAAAAUAUAAUUCCCAAAGAUAAAGAGACAGAAAAUAAAGAAAUCUGUCCAAUGCCAGUUAGCGUGGAGCAAAAUCUGCCUAAUCCUGAACCUGAACAAGCAGUCGCGGUUGAACCAACUGUAAAUAUACAUGAAUAUCAACUAUGUAAAAAUGUUAAUAAAUCGAGUUCAGAAUUGGUCCAAAAUACAAAUGAGGAAGAAUUAAUUCCUGUUAAUAUAGAAGGCGAACAAAAUAACAAUGAUAAAUUUUUCUUAACUGAGCCUUUGAAAGAAGUUGUCGAUGUUGUUCAAGAAGUAACAACAUAUGAACCACAAGAGGUCGACACACAUACAAUAUAUCUGAUAACACAUGAAGAAAAAAAAUUACCUCCAAUCAGAACUCUUAAAGUGUAUUGUAAAGAAGUUUCUAAUGACAAAAUACAAACACCUGACAAUGAGUCAAAUGUUGUCAUUGAAGAGCAAUCAAAGCCCAUAUUAAAAGACAAUAUUACAAAGGAUUCUACUAUUGAUGAAGCAGAGAGGAUUGAAAUUUCAUUGAAACCUGACACUGACCAAUCAAUAAUAGAAACAGAUAAUUUACAACUUGAUGACAAACAAUUAAAUAAAAAUCAAAUGGAAACUGAAAUUAGAACAUCUGUUCAAUUAAAUAACACCAAACUCGACGAUAAUUCAGAGGAGGUAUUAGAACAAGCAAUUUUUGGAUCAGUUCAAGAACGAAAAAAGCCUGAGCUUGAAAAGAUUAUUUCGAUUCCGUAUAAGGAAUUAGUAGAGGAAGUUAAAACUUAUUCUGUUGACCUAGAUUUUGAGCAACUGGAUUAUAAUUAUUACGAACUAAAGAAAAAGGAAUUAGAUUACCUACAGCUUAAAGAUCAAAUUUGCAAUGUUGUGGAACACUUGCAAACAAAAAAAGAUAACAUAAAGUUAGAUGUAGAAACAAUACCGGAUCAGGAAGGAAUUAAUGAAAAUGAUUUGAUAAAGGUUAAAUCUGAAACCACAAGAAAUAUUUCUGAAACAUAUACACUUGAUCCUGCAUGUUCCAGUACAACAUUAAAUAUAGAAAAAUACGUCAUGUUCGAAACUCCUAGCUAUGCCUACCAAUAUAACGCAGAUUCUGAAAAACUUCUAGGAGUUAUGAACAGUUCUAAGAAAGAACAAGUCCAGCAACUUCCAUUAGAAUCAUCUGCAGUUUCAGUUGUAACACAUUUAGCAGAUGAUGAUAAAAACAUUAAUAAAUUAUCCUUAAAAUCAGACGAAAUUCAGCAAACAACGUGUAACAUUAAUAUCGAUCAAGACAUAAACAUAAAACAUCUUAUAGAAGAUAUUCCAAGACAAAACUACCAUGAUAUCUGUGAUUCUGAAAAACUUUUUGCUUUAAGCAUGGAUAAAUCCUUACAGGAUUUCAAGAAUGAUGAGAUUGAAAACAAUAAAACUGAAGAUUUGAUAAACUCUUCUUUAAAAUUGAUACAAGAAAAUCAAAGAUCUCAGGCAGAGGCAUUGGAUGACAAAAUUACAACCAAAAAAAUUAUCAAAGAUUAUGUUCUUGACAGUAACGUAUCUUAUGAUUAUCAAGAUAUAAAACGAGGCGAAGAACUUCUCGCAAUUAAGUCUUCUAGAGAACAUAGUGUAGAACCUAUGGAAUUAACAAAUCAAGCAGAUUUGUUUCAUGCUGAUGGUCAAGAUAUCGAUACUGUUUCAGUAACAGUUUCUAAUGCUUAUGAAAAUAAACACAAUCAAAAGACAAACGAUGCGUUCGAAAAUAACGAUAGUAGUAAAAUAAUUGAAGCAGAGACAUCGUUUGAUAAAGACACAGCCGAACAAGUUAUCAAAGAUUAUAUUCUUGAUGGGCAUACGUUUUAUAAUUAUCAGGACUUGAAGCGAGGCGAAGAACUUCUCGCAGUUAAGUCUUCUAGAGAACAUAGUGUAGAACCUUUAGAAUUGACAAAUCAAGCAGACUUGCUUCAUGCUGAUAGUCAAGAUAUUGGUACUGUUUCAGUAACAAUUUCUAAUGCUUAUGAAAAUAAACAUAAUCAAGAGGAAAACGAUGGGUUCGAAAAUAAUGAUAGUAGUAAAAUAAUUGAAGCAGAGAUAUCGAUUGAUAAAGACACAGCCGAACAAAUCAUCAAAGAUUAUAUUCUUGAUGGGCAUACGUCUUAUAAUUAUCAAGACUUGAAACGAGGCGAAGAACUUCUCGCAGUUAAGUCUUCUAGAGAACAUAGUGUAGAACCUUUAGAAUUGACAAAUCAAAAAUCGACUUAA